AUGCCACAAAGGACACUGCUUAAAGGCGACGGGGAUUCCGCAAGACCAUUCGUGUCUCAAGCACCAGAAUGCGUCGUCACUCAGACUCUUAUGAUCCACUCCUUCGCAAACAGCUAUGGCAAGCCAUACGUUGGCCCCUACAUACCUCCGGAUUGCUCUUUCAAUCGGGUGGCACUCAAUCUCACGGUCACCGCUGCCGGCAAGCAGUUUGACCGCCUGGCAAUAGCUUACUUUGGCGAUGUUGAGAUCUGGCGAACGAGCACGGCGGAGCCGACUCCCAAUGGCAUCAUCUGGACCUAUAUCAAAGACGUGUCCCAUCUCUUGGCACUCUUCACCCACUCCCAGACGCUCACCUUUGACCUCGGAAACCUGAUCAACGAAAAUUACACUUCUCCAUUCAAUGUGACCUUGCAGGCGACCUUCUUCACCACUGCCGACACGGAGAAGCGGGCAGAUCUGAUCCUUCCGAUACCAGCUGGAAGGAGCCCCAGCAGCGAGUUCAAUGUCUGGAAUUCUCAUCUCGGUAAAACAUCGAACAUGUUGGUACUGCCGCAAAACAUCGAACGGGCCGUCAUCACCGUCUCUGCGACCGGUCAGAUGAAUGAAGAAUUCUGGUACUCCAAUGUGCUCUCCUCGAAUGUGGAUACCUUCGGAGCCAAUUCACUUUUGGGCUAUUCCCCUUUUCGAGAGAUACAAUUGUUCAUCGACGGAAAUUUGGCUGGGGUUGUGUGGCCUUUCCCCAUUAUCUUCACUGGCGGCAUCGUCCGCGGCUUUUGGAGGCCGGUCGUGGGUAUCGAUGCAUUCGACAUUCGUGAAGAUGAGAUUGAUAUAACCCCGUGGCUCCCGCUGCUCUGCGACGGCGAAGGCCACUCUUUCGAGCUUCAGGUCGUUGGGAUUGAUGACGAUGGUAACGGGAGUGGUUUUCUGUCUGAAGCCGUGGGCAACUAUUGGGUAAGCACGGUCCUCCGACUGCGGUACUCUUUGCUCAACCUCUUCCAGGUUCUGACAGGGAAAAUAUUUAUCUGGCUGGACGCUAAAGGUUCCAUAACGACCGGAGAUCGUCAUACGAUAGAUGCCUCCGUUUACUCCAUUUCUUUGUCGUCCACAGUUGGAACCACUUCGAAUGGAACAAAUUGUACCCUUUCUUAUGCGGUCAAUGUCGAUCGCCAACUUUAUAUCUCGUCGGAAAUCCAGACGUCCCACGGUAGCAAAGCUGCGGUCUGGCAGCAAUAUCUCGCAUAUUCGAAUGAGGGUAAUAUCUCAGACUUCGGAGAUGUCCAGGUUACCUUGCAGAACACAUUUGGCAAGGCCAUAUCAUCAGAAGGUUUUUCUCGUACCUUCGACUAUCCGCUCUUCGUCAACAGCACAUUCGUGCAGGACAAAGGCGCCGACACCCUCUCCAUCUCCGCGGAUCUGAGGAGGGGUCAGACGAUUGAAAUUAGCGGCCGUUCAGUAUUCCCAACAGGCUUGGAGUCGUUCGACCAGCUGUAUCCAGAAGAUACCGGGGGACGUGGUGAUUACCCAAGAUUCGAUGGCAGCCGCUUGAUGACGACUCAGAACGGCAGUGCCGUAUAUUUUAGCCACGGCAACACUUCCGUCAGCCCAGGCAUGACGCAGCAAGAUCUCUCACUCUACGGCGUGAAGAGCGCAGCUCUGGAGACUGGACCAGCCACCUCAGUAGAGGUGUAUCACAGGCAUGUUCUUGCCGUCAAUGAUACUCUUGUACGAGACGUAGAGUCUUUUCUGGGCCAGCAUCAGAAGGUCGACUAG